UGCCACCGAUGACUGGCUCAGCCUGACGCCCGUGGAGGGACACCCAUCACCCACGACCUGUCCUGACUUGGCGAAGUGGGUUCUCGGCGGGACGGGGCACAGUGGCUGCAGGGUGAGAUGGCACGGUGGGCACUGGCACUGGCACUCUGCCUGUCCCUGGCUGCGGUGGCAUCUGCUGACUGUGUCACCCAGUGUUCUCUCUGCGCAGCCCAGACCCAUGGCACCGAGAGCAGCGUCUGGCCCCUGAUGUGUCUAUGGGAAUGCCAGGGCUCCUUGCCACCUGGCCCCGAGUGGGAGAUGUGCAGGAAGGCACUGGCGCUCCUGGCCCCGCUGGUGGCCCUGGUUGAAGGGACAGACCCGUCACCACUGGAGGUGGAGGAGAACGAGGCAGAGCUGGAGCAGAAGCUGGGUCCCGGGGAGCAGCCACUGGCACCGGCCAAGCGCUACGGGGGCUUCAUGAAGAAGAUGUCCAAGGGGAAGCUGCUGUCCCUGCUCCGCGAGAAUGCCCACAGCAAGGGCAGCCUCACCAAGAAGUUCACGGGCUUCGGCCACAAGCCAGAGGAGAGGGCAGCCCCCGAGGACUACCCGGGGCUGGGGCCAGCAGGUGAGGGGAGCGAGGAGCCUACGAGUGCCGGGCCCGAGGGGCAGGAGCUGGCGCAGCUGCACAAGCGUUACGGCGGCUUCAUGCGCCGCAUCCGGCCCAAGCUCAAGUGGGACAAUCAGAAGCGCUACGGGGGCUUCCUGCGGCGGCAGUUCAAGGUGAUCACGCGGUCUGACGAGGACCCCAGCGCCUACUCAGGGGAGGUCUUGGACCUAUAGAGCCAGGCGUGGGAUGACAGCACCAUGGUCCCCACGCUGCCAGCCCCGACUGCUCCGUCAUCCCCAGCCCUGUCCCCUGCCCAGCCCGGCGUGGCUGGAGUCAUCCCUGCCUCAUUCCCCCAGUGAACCAUGGGUCCCAUCCCCAGUUGUCCCUCUCUGGUUCACCUGCCCAUCCCUUAGGGACUCUGUGCAUGGAGGGGACAGUGCCUACCCUCUGGCUGCUGGCGGUGUGGCCGUGAUCCAGCCCCAGGGCUCCUGGGGGCAAACUGCUGGAAACAUGUAUCCUCCGUUCUCCUGUGGCUGCUAAAGUGUAGCAGCAGGGUCUGGAAAUCAUCAUAGCUGAUAUACAGGGCAGCGGCCUCUGAGCACCGGGAAGGAUCAGGGAGGUAGCUCCCAUGGCCGUGGGCAGAGGUGGCUGGUGGCACCACAGCCCUGUCACCGGGUGCUCAAGUGGUGCUGAGCCCAACCCUGACUCCCCUCCCAGAGCUGCUCACCGUGUCCCACCCACCCCAAUGCCCUCCUGGUGCCCCUGGGCUGCCCCUCCAAGAACAACCCCAGAGGCAGGGCCAGCCCCACACCUCAACACCCAGCUCCCCCUGCAGUCAAUAAAAGGCAGAUGUCAAUGAAGCCGAA